CUUCCCCUUUUCCUCUUUGGAAACGAGGCAACUUUGGUUGGUUUUUCGGCGCCACAAGAAAAAUCCUCCCCGGACCAGAAUUUCUACUUCUUUUUCCUAUAAAAAGCCAAUAUAUUCCCCAAAACAAGGUAAACAUACGGGAAAUGGAAAGUUGUGCGAGUUGUUGCAGGCCGGUGAUCAUGGGCAAAUCAAUUGGUAAGAAAGAUUUGAGCUUUGUGUCAACAAAUAGAGUGUCGUUCGGUGCUGGGGUUGUACCCCAAGGUACCACUUCAAGGAUCAAGGGUUCGAGGAUUCUAGGCAUCAGAGCUUCUGCUGUUGAUUCCCAUGAGAGCUCUUCCGAUUUCGUUAACCGUAUGGAAAAAGCUUGGGUCAUCUCUAAGCAACCAAGGCCAAUUGCUUGUUCUUCGUGCAAGUCCAUGGGGCACGUUGAAUGCAAGUGGUGUGGGGGUACCGGCUUCUUUAUCCUCGGGGAUAACAUGCUCUGUCAAGUUCCUUCUAGAAACACCAGUUGUGUGAUUUGUGCCGGAAAGGGAUCAACAUGCUGCUCCGGCUGCAAAGGAACUGGAUAUCGUGCAAAGUGGAUGGGUGAACCUCCUAUUUCCAAAUAGUUGAGAGUUUCUGCAUGUUUUAGACUG